AUGGCUAGCUUUAGCGUACUUUUUGGAAUCUGGUUCUACUCUCGGGGCUCCAUUUUCUCUACAUUUCGUCAAGCAAACAUUGAUCAAUCGUUUCUGCAUUUUGGUACUACCCCUAUUCCCACCGCGAGUUCAAGCCAAUAUGCCGUCGCUAUAUUUCUCGGCAAAUGGUGGGACGAAAAAGACUCCGACGGCGAUGACAUUGAUAGCUAUUAUGUCGCGGCCCGAACACUAGUCUAUCAGCUACUUUAUGCACCGGAAACCAAGUUUACAAGUCCGGUAUCUGUCGUAAUCUUAGCCACUGAAGCAGUGCGCGAAAGCAAACGCCAGAGACUAAGAGCAGAUGGAGCAAUCGUGGUUGAUACUGAGAGACUAAACCACUCUUUGGAAAUUGGUGUCGCACAAUACCGUGAAGUGUUUGAUAAGCUUCGAGCUUUUGAUCCAACCGUGAUGCCCUUUGAGAAAGUCGCCUUGAUAGACGCGGAUAUGGUAGUUACACGACCUCUCGAUGCACUAUUUCAAGAUACCAACACUACCCUCUCUCCGGUUGAUAAUUCAAAAUUACCCGCGGCAGAUUUACCCGAGCUCCCAGAUAGCUAUACUUUUGCAGCAACGCCCGAUAUUCCAGCGCGGAAACAGAUCUUCCCUCCGGACGUCGAUAAUGAGUGGCAUCGUGAUUACUUUAAUGCCGGUGUGAUGCUAUCCUCUCCUAACGACAAGCUCUUCCAAUAUUAUCUUGCGAUCCUUGCUCAGCCUGACAUAUUCGGCCAUAUGUGGCCAGAGCAAGACCUUUUAAAUUUUGCCCAUCGCUGGGAUGGACCUAUGCCUUGGCGACAACUUAAUCUUUCAUGGCACUUAAAGCCACCGUUGGAGGUCGACGUUGAUGCUGGGAUGGCUAUGCUUCACUGUAAAUAUUGGGAGUCUGGUGAGGACUCGUGCCAUCGGAUUUCUCGUGCGCGGCGUUGGCAAAUGCAGGGCUUUUGGGAGGGAAUUGAAAGAAAAAACAUAAGAGCAUGA